CGAAGAGAUACUCGAUUGUUCUAGCAGUUUCUUUAUUUUGAUAUUCAGCAUCAGAGUAGAGUGAGUUAGUACGCUACAUUCGAGUACAAUUACUCGAUGAACAGAGAGGGCUAUUGAUCCCUAAUGAGAAAUUGGCGACGACGUAUUGCGCCAUAUUCACUAUUCUGAAUUCAAGAUUGAAUUGUGAAUGUUGCUCGUAUUCAGAAUCCUCUUCGACCUUGCUGCUUAAAAAAAAAGAAAGUCCGCCAUGUUGGUGUUGAACGCGCGCGAAUUCCGGGAUAUUAAACCGUGAAAACCAAGUCGAAAUCUUAAAAAGUUGAGAUCGUGGCGUCGUGUUUAAUAGUCACGUUUGCCAUUCGCCGACGUCGUCCGAGUGACCAACGAACACUUCUUUGCGCAAGACUGGCAAGACUCUACUACUCGGCACUAGACACCCCACGUAUCGUUCUACUAGAUAGCAAAUUUGUGACUUUGCGAGAGUGAAAUUAGUAACGCUCGUAAUAUGGCGCAUCAUGCACACUUUGAUGUUGAUGCAGAUUUCAAUGCUGAAAAAAAGCCGGUUGUUGAUCGGAUGGAUGCGGAAUAUACAAUAUAUGUAAAUAAUUUGCCAUUAGAGUUAAAUGAGGAGGCUAUCAGAGAUAUUUUUAGUGACUAUGGCAAAAUUGUGGAGAUGUUUCAUCCUCGUAAUGCUAAAUGGGUGUAUAUUACAUAUGGCACGUUUCGAGAAGCAGAACUUGCCAUACGCGAACUUGAUAAUAAGAAACCGUUAUACUUGAAAGUGGCACUUGCAAAAGAGAGAUCUGUGAGAGAAGAACAAAAGCCAAAUGUAUCAGAAACUUUUGAAAGAUCAAAAGUAGGUAACACUGCAGAUUCAUUACCUGCUUGUAUCAAACAUCCAAGUAUAGAUCAUAGUGAGUCAAUAAAUGCAUCCUCUAAACAUGCAAUGCCACAAAUAACAGCACAUAGAAGUGCAAAUUCUGGAUCAUCUGCAGUGUGUCAGUCAUAUGAGAUUGAUGAUCCUUAUACGAGCACGAAUCAAUUAUGGACAAGAGGUGUAAUAACUGUUACACCAGAUGGAAGAAGACACGUUUCUCUUGGACGUGGCUACACACUAUAUUCAUUUCCAGAACCAGAUCCUAAUAUUGAAAAUUAUAUUUCAAAGAUAUGUGAACAACGCAGUGAUGAAUUAUAUGAAUAUCCCAAAAACAAGUCUAAGCUUACAGCACAAGACUGCGCUGUUUGCUCUACAAGGACAACAAAACAUUGUGCAAAGUGCACAACAUAUUAUUGUAGCAAACCUUGUCAAAUGAAAGAUUGGCCACAACACCAGAUGCUGUGUGAACGUGUUCCAGAAUUAGUGGAAGAAACGAAUAAUGAUUGCAAGUCAUCAUUGCAAGUUAAUCAAGAAGUAGACCAAACAAAGACAUCAAUGUCGAAUGCAAUUAAUAAAACUACUAAAGUUAGUGAUUUGAAACUACGACGGCCUAAUACGCUUAAUACUAUGCAAGCAGAAAAUUUGAGUAAUACGAGUAUUUCUAAUAGUACUCGGAAGAGACAUGAUCAACAUGACAAUGUAUCUCAACAUACCUAUGUAUCUCCAACUAAAAAUGCAAACCAACCAGCAGUAGUAAAUGCAACAAAUGACAUCAAAGAAUUUUCUCAACAUCGAGUCCGCAAGUAUAGUAAUAAUGAGAGUCCUAAUCAUUCGAGAAAAAAUAAUUCUGCAACAUAUAACUCUACCGAUCAAAGUCUUCAUAGUCGCAAUUAUCAAAGUGAUUUAAAUAAGGUUAAUGUUAACAAAGAAAGAUAUGACAAUAGCAACAUAAGGGACAGAACUUACAAUGACAGAAAUAGUCCUCAAAAAAAUAGUUUCCAGAAUGACAAAAGCUCUAUUUGCUAUGAUAGAGAAAAUGUCAAUAGACUAGGAAUUAAGUCUCCCAAUAAUACAUUAGAGGACAAUGAUUUAGCUUUUUAUAAAGAUACGAAUUUAUCAAAAACAAAGUUUAUAACUGUGGAAGUGAUAAUAUCACUAAAUAGUGAUGAAUAUUGGAUAUAUAAAUUAGAAGAUGCAGAAGCACGCCUGCAGUUAAUGACAACAUUGCAAAAUGUUGUUAAAACAUCAUGUAAUAUGCAACCGAUUAUCGGUGAAAUUUAUGGAGUGAUGUAUGAUACUAUUUGGUGUAGAGCUUUGGUAACAUCCUUGAAUCCUACUACGGUCCAUUUUAUUGAUUUUGGUAAUACUGAGAUACUAGAAAAAGAUUCUGUAAUAAAAGAUAUAGGAGAUUUGAUUAAAUCUCCUAAAUUUGCUAGAAAAAUUCGCUUGACGCAAGGCACAAGUGAUAAAUAUAGAAAUCUACAAGAAGGCGAUAAGAUUUCUGUUAAAAUGUUGUCCAUAGCUUCUGACAAAACGAUAAUAGUAGAGGUAGAACAAAAACAAUCAGAAAAUUUAUCUUUACAUACAACAGAAAAUAUUUCAAAUAAUGUAAUGAAAAAGUGUUUGCCGAAAGAAAAUUCUAAAGUAACAUCACCAGAUAAAAGUAGAAGAGCUGUGGUUCAAAUGCCUAACGUCUUGAGCAAUAUCUAUAAUUUAAUGGGACAAAAAGCAUGUUCUGAAUAUAAAAUUGAGGGCAUCUUACAAUUUGUUCAUUUCUUGCGAAAGAACAUUUACAGCGUAACUUUGUGUCCAUUAAGUUAUAAAUCUGAUUUUGCAAUGCUUUUAGAAGAUCUGCAGGUUGAAUGCAAAAAAAUAAAAGAAACUGUAAAUUACAAGCCAAAAGAAGGUGACAUAGUUUGCUUUAAGUGUAAUGAUGACUGGUACAGAGGGUGCGUUUUAACACCUCUUGGAACAUCCUAUUGGUCUAUCCUUUCUUUAGAUGAGGCAAAAGUUUUAUCAAUUGAUAAAGUUUUUCCUUGUCCCGAAAAGUUUUUGAAUAUUUGUAGUUUAGGAGUAAUAUGUGAAAUAAGUGAUUCUACUGCUGAAGUGGUAAUAGCCGACUCAUACUCGUUUACGGCGGUCUUGAAUGAGGAGAAUUGUAACCAAGAACGUCUUGUAAUAGACAUGAUUAUAGACGAGAAAGAGACAAAAGCUGUGUUGAGGCCAUGGAAAUCAACAAAUUCUCCAACUCUAUUUGAACUAAAGAGUGGAUCUAAGGUAUGUCUUACAUGUUAUCAAAAUCAGUAUAGUAUGUAUGCACGCUGUUUGGACAAUGAAGCAGAAGAAUAUUUCAAUCAUGUUAUGCAAUCUGUUGCGCGAGUUGCAGAAACAGCACCGCAUCUAACCGUUCCUCCAAUUGAAAACCAAGUAGUGAUUGCGCCAUUUGAUGAUGGCAACAAUUAUCGCGCAAUAAUUCUAAAAAUACAGAAUGAUAAAGCUAAGAUAAUAUACAUUGAUUUCGGCAAUAUGGCAGAAAUUGAUAUAAAAAAUCUUAAAGAAAUGCCAGAGUGCUCUUUACUGUAUCAAAAAGGCUGUGCGGGAAGAGUAAUCCUAAAAGAUGUUCCUCGCGACAUUCCCAACAAUAAAGAAGUUGACCUUUAUCUUCGCUAUUUAGCAGGCAAUGAAGUGCCCCUGAUGUGUACAUUUGAGGGUGAAUCAGCUAAGGAUGGAGCUUAUUUGACAACACUUACAGGAGAAUCUGUUAAUGAUAAAAUAAAACAGCAAUUAAUCCCAACAUGGCAAAGAGAAAAUGACGGCAGUGCUAACAAAUGCUACAUGUUUAGUGAUAUGGAAACCGCAAAUUUAGGAAAUUUGGGUGAUACAGUAGAUGCAUUGGUAUUGACUGCACAAAAAGAUGCUCCAUCAAUAUACUACAUAAGUCCUUAUGAUUUUGAGCUAUUAUCUCACGUCUACGAUGUGAUGCCUGCUUUGAUAAAAAAGCAGUGUGAGAAAACGGAAUAUUAUAUACCAAGAGCGCAUGAAUUAUGUUUAGCAAUGUACGAAGGGUCAUGGUAUCGAGCGGUAUGUUUCAAUCCUAAGGAAUCGUGUUCAACAGCUAGAAUUUUCUUUGUUGACUACGGAAACACAGAAAUAAUAGAACAUAAGAAUAUAAGGUGGAUGCCUGAAGAGUUCAUUACACCUCCAAUGCUCGCAAAUAUGUGUACAGUUGUCAAUUUGGCACCAGUCGACUGUAAUAAAAUGUAUUCGAAAGCAGUACAGAAGAAGCUAGAUGAGUUAGUAAAACCAAACACACAGAUUAAAAUUAAAAUUGUUCAACGUGAAGAAGGAGAUUAUCAAAUCGAGUUACCAGAAGUUCGCGCUGAGCUAAUUAAAUACGGUCUUUUGUAAUCUUCAUAAAAAGUUCCAUUUACUUAAUGUUAUGAAUUAUGUGUGAUCCUGUGGGAGGAGAUAAUUUUUAGUCUUAAGGCAUUUAUAUGAUUUAAGUCUACAAUCAUUUUAAAUGACACACAUGUAUUUUAAACAGUGGACGAGUAUUUGACUUGCA